AUGGUAAUUGAAGAAAAAAUGGCGGUUUAUCAUACAAAUAAUAAAGAAGAGAGACAAAACCCUUUGGAUGCUGCAUUCAUCAUUUUGUUUAAAACAUUGAAUGUAAAAGAAACUAGGUUUGAAGAUGAUUCAGGAUGUUCAUCUUAA